GUUUGUUUGAUUAAUUAAUACCAUUUGAACCCAGAGUUUUGGUCAAGACCAGGUCCUCAGCAAUCUACUGUGAGGUUCAGAAAGUUUCCUUUCUUGUAACACUUCAUGUAAAUGUGCGCCAGAAAGCAAGAGAGAAGGAACCGAAUGAGAGCCAAGCAGGCAGCAAUACUCAAGGGUUUGGAUACUUGUUGCCAACUUCAACAUGUCUAAAAAAAGCAAUGCCACUCAGGCAGGGCCAGCCAAGGUGGAAGUAGGUUCAGAGAUUGUGGCGGUAAGAAGCAACAGGGUCGUGCAGAAUAAUACCGUUGGCCCAGCGGAGAUUGUCAUCUGCGAUGGAAAGAUAGUUGAUGUUCUUCCAAAGAGAAACUGGGCCAGACCCAGUGGAGAAAAGAUCUUAGAUGUUGGAGACCUCGUGGUCAUGCCUGGAAUAAUUGACCCUCAUGUGCAAAUAUAUGAGCCUGGACAGCCAGCUGGUGAAGGAUUUACAUCUGUGACUCAGGCUGCAGCUGCAGGAGGCAUCACCACUGUUGUUGACAUGCCCUUGUACUGCAGUCCUCCAACCACAACCUUGUUUGCCCUUGAGAAAAAGCUCCAGUCUGCCAAGGGAAAGUGCCAUGUUGAUGUUGCAUUUUGGGGUGGCAUCAUUCCUGGAAAUCAGGCUGAGCUCCUACCAAUGCUGAAGGCUGGGGUUCCUGGAUUUCAGUGCUUCCUAAUGGCCACUGGUGUGGAGGACUUUUCCCAUGUUCGUCUACAUGAUAUACAUGUGGCAAUGAAUGAACUGCAAGACAUAGAUUGUGUGCUCCUGUUCCAUCCAGAACUGGAGCCAAGUCACUCCCUGCCUGUCCAAGAGGACACCAUGGAGUACAGCACAUUCUUGGACACACGCCCUUAUACCAUGGAGGUGGAGGCCACCAUCACCAUUGCUGAACUGUGUCUCCAGUAUAGGAUACCGUGCCACAUCGUUAAUCUCUCCUCUGCUCAAGCCUUGCCCAUUAUCAAGGAUGCUCGUCAGAAGGGAGCACCAAUUACUGUAGAAACUGCCCACCACUACCUCAGCCUGGCAUCUGAAUGCAUUCCUCCAGGAGGCAUCUACUACAAAUGCUGCCCUCCUAUCAGGGACAAGAACAACCAGGAGGAGCUGUGGGCAGCUUUGGAAGUGGGAGAGAUAGACAUGGUUGUCUCAGCCCAUACUCCUUGCUCCCGAGACUUGAAAGAUUUGAACAAUGGAGAUUUCCUCAAGGCCCCGGCAGGGAUUGCUUCACUACAGUUUGGUCUCCCUCUCUUCUGGACCUCUGCAAAAUCCAGAGGGUUCUCCUUCCAUGACCUAGUGCAACUGAUGUGCAAAAAUCCUGCUAUUCUGAGCAGGCUGGAAGACCGUAAAGGAUCAAUUGGCCCUGGGAUGGAUGCAGACCUGGUAAUCUGGAAUCCAGAAAAGGAGUUUGAGGUGAAUAAAAACAUAAUUCAUCACAAGGAUAAGCUAACCCCAUACUUGGGUUUCCAGCUUUGUGGUGAGGUCUUUGCCACUCUUGUACGUGGCAGGCUGGUUUAUCUGAAUGGGAAAUUUGCACCCAAGCCAGAAGGGGACCUGCUUGUGACUGAGAGAAAGAUGCCUACAAGAGUCUCAUCACCCUACUACUAAUGAGUAUGACAAAUGUACUAGCUAAAAUGAAGAGCUAUACACAAAUUUUGGCAGAAGAGAAGCUGGAAGAAUAGGAGGGUGGAAUCUACACACAUACAAAAAAUGCUGUGAAAAUGAUUUUGUAAAAAAUGCUUUUGAAAAAAAUAAAUUGAAUUUUGCAUAGUUCACUGUCACCAUCUAGUGUCACAUUUGUAUAUUGCACUUUACAACACAUUUAAAACGUUUUAUUUGCAGCUGUAAACGUUUUAUUUGCAGCAGUCCGAGGAUGAGUAACAUAAAGAAUAAACUGCAAUCACAUAGUCUAUUGUCUCAGUGAGAGCAGCUGCUACACUUUCUGACUUUUUCUACAACUGGAACAACAACUCCAGCUGAUAUGUCAAGGAUAUGCAACAAUGGAACAGUAAAAAGUUAUUGGAGCCACUCCCUCAUGCCUUCUUGCUUUCCAGAAGUAUAAAUAAGGCGAAUAAAAAAUCAGGGUGAUAGGGGAACAGGAAAAAAAGGUCUGGGUGAUCUUGCAGCUCUUGAUGCUUCAUCUCAGAGUGUUUAUUUUGCAAAUUAUUGAUCUGAUUUUCAAAUUUAAUGUAACACAGUGUACAGUAAUAUGCCAAAGAAUGAUGAGUUCUGAAUAAGUAUUCUUUCACUAUGACUAUGAGCUUAGAAAUUAGAUAAAGAGGCUUUUGAUAUAACUCUUUAAUCAAAGUAUGAUCUAUUGAUUUCCUGAUUGGAAUAUGAUCAAAAUGGGAUGUCAAGUAAAUGUGUUUGAAUUGUGCAUCUUUCAAUUAUUGCAGUUGCUCUAACAUUUAGAACAAGGAUGAGAAACCUGCAGUCCUCCAAAUGUUGUACCUCCUAUCAUUCCUGACCAUCCUGACUGAGUUUUUUUGGACUUUGGAGUUAAACUACCCCUGAAUUAGAGGGUUCCAUAUUUUAAGUCCUCUCUCAUACAAACUAUACUGAAUGCAAAAUGAGGCACAGUGCGCUGCUUGCAACAUCCAUGAGGUUUUAAGACUGCCACUGCCAGCCAAGCAAUCCUGAAUAAUUUAUUUUUCUCCUAUUUGACUUAAUUUGAAAAUCCAUAGAAACAAAGUAAUCACUUUGUCAAAACUAAAAGGCAGCAUUUUUCUUUGACAGUGCUAUGCUAGAACAUACAUCCUGCCAGAGCAUUUAGACCUUAGUGUUUAUUAGCUGGCAAGGGCUCAUGGUACAUAAAAAUGCUAAACAAAACAUUAGAGGGCUUAAUAUCACAGAAAUACAAGUUGUCCCUGUAAAAGGGCAGAUUCUCAGAAUGAAGUACAGUAUAUGGUCUGAUGCAAAGUGAGCUUCCUUGAAAAUGCGAAGGGAAACCAGAGAAACUGUUGCUAUCUUCUGGUAGGAUAAUGGCAUUCAGAUGGUGCAAUUGAAGAUUGCUCU